AAUUGGAUUCUCCACUCUCCUUGCUUCGUCUCCACUCGUCCGGUUCUCCGUGUCAACAACUGCUGGUGACAUCCCCACGCAUUCCUCUCGUCGCUCAAGCAUGCCCCCGAAACCUGUCCCGACGCCUGCUACACUCGGGCCCGAUGCCGCGCAGUACGAGGAGGACGCGGUGCACGGUGUGUACGAGGCAAUCGCGCCGCACUUCUCGCGUACGCGGUACAAGCCAUGGCCAUUGAUCAACACCUUCCUCUCCUCACUCCCCGCCGGCUCAUUCGGGCUGGACACUGGCGCUGGCAAUGGGAAGUAUCUGCCGUCGAUCACAGCAGCAGGCUCGACCGCCAUUGCCCUCGACCGCUCGCAGGGUUUGCUGAACAUCGCGUCUGGCAUGGGCGGGGUAGGCUGCGUGCGCGCGGACAUUUGCGACGUGCCGUGGCGUGCGGGGCUGUUCGACUUUGCGAUCAGCGUGGCAGCCAUCCACCACCUUUCGACGCCGGAGCGGCGCGAAAAUGCUGUGCGAGCACUGUUGCGCUCGUUAGGCGAGAACGCGCGGUUCUUCAUCUACGUCUGGGCGUGGGAGCAGGGUCCGGAGAGUAAGCGCAAAAUGGGGAGUCGCGCAGGCGGGGAUGUCGUGCAGGAUGUUCUGGUGCCGUGGGUUGUUAAGCCUGGGCCGGGGAAGCAGGGAGCGGGGAAGGGGAAGAAGGGGAGGCGGAAGGGCGGAGAAAGAGGAGAUCGAGGAGAGGGCGGACAGCGAGAAGAGGGUGGAGACGGCGGAAAGACGGAAGAGGACGGAGCGGGUGAAGAGGAUGAAGAAGCGGACAAGGUGUACCACCGGUACUACCACCUGUUUGUCGAGGGCGAGCUGCGAGCGCUCGUCGAAGCUGCCGCUCGGAGCGAGGGGUUCGCCUUGGAUGGACAAGGGAGAUACCUCGGCGUCGUGAGGGAGGGGUGGGAGGCGGACAACUGGUGGAUCGAGGGUGAGGUUGGGCGGCGGUAGAACAUCAAUAGCAUUCAUCAUCAAGCAUCUCAAGACAGUAGUUCGCCAGCAUAUAUUGUGUUGCAGUCUUCCGUCAGCGCUGCAGCGCUGGCUGUUUGGUCCGCGGAGUACCUCCGACCUCCGCCGACCUCCACCUCUCCUCUCCUCUCCUCCUUCCGAUGACUUUUCCACCUCACCACUCACCAUGUUCCGCAUCGCGCACGCCGGCCCCUCGCGCCUUGCGCAAGCCGGCCCCUUGCGCCUUGUGCACGCUUCUCUCGCCCGCGCAGUAUCCUCGUCCGCGCCGCUCGCGUCCGGCCACUCGCGCUGGUCCAAGAUCCGGCACCGCAAGGGCGCCGCCGACGCGGCGAGGUCAAAAGCAUGGGGCGGAUUCAUGACUGUGCGUGCGCGAAGCAACAACCGCUGACGAAAGGCGGUCCACGUUGCGCUGCGUAAGGGAACGGAC